AUGUCUACCCAAGAAUCAAUCAUCACCCUUAAGCCCGUCUUCCACCUCUCCUUCGACCUCGAGGAGAUCCAGCCUGUCGCCAGCCGCGCUGCCGGCGAUGACGUCGUCGUCAACAUCACUGGUGGCUUCACAAAGUCCUACGACGAAAAGUAUCCCUUCAACUCCACAAUUCUCCACGGCCGUGAUGAUAUUCUUGUCAACCCCACUCACAACAGCCUCGACUGCAGAGUCUACGGCAAGACUGAAGAUGGUGCUGGUUUUACUAUCAGAUACGGAGGCAUUGUCCAAGCCUCAGCCCCAGUUGGUGCCGUUUGCUCUGGUCAAUCCAAUGGCCACACCUAUGAAGAGUCCUAUGUCACAAACAACAUGACUGUCUUCAUCGACAAGGAUGCCCCUAAAAAGUACGACUGGAUUAAGUUCCACAAUCUCGUUGGCCGUGGUAGAUUCUUUAGGGAUGACAAGGGUUUCCACAUUGAGUACAUUAUGCACGCCAUUGUCCAGUAA